UCAGGAAUAUGCCAUACUCAAAGGCAAAAUGGUCACCCUCCAAGAAGCCCUCCAAAACACUGAACUCGAGACGAAAGCUAGUCGGGAAACCAUAAUGAGGCUUGUGUCAGAAGUCGGCCGUGAACAAAAAACUUACAAAUAUAUCAACUCUGAUGUCACCAAUAUGAGAGUUGAACUUGAUAAUGCAUUGGCGUCCCGAAUUGACCUAGAACGGGAAAUUGAAGCACUGAAUGAACGACUUGAAGCAAGUCAAAGAGCAUGGCGCAACGCUAGAGAUCAACUCGAAAAUCGAGAUCAAAAUAUGUCUACACUAGAUCGAGAGAUCAAAGAAAAAGACUACAGGGCUCGUGAUGCUUUCACACAGUUUACGUCCCUGAAGGAAUCUUUGGUGUCCAUAUUGGGUGAUCGUUAUGGACAUGGGCAUGGGGCCCCAUGUGAAGAUGUAAUUAAAGAUAGAAUUAGGAGUCUUGUUACAUCAGCAAGAGAUAAAGAUGCUAACAUCGACAUGCUAGAACAAAAGGUCCGUAACUUAACAGAACAAUUGGAGAGGCAGAUUGAAAUGCAGAGAUCAGCGGAACGUAAAAUCCGUCAAGCCCAAAAUGAUGCUGCAGAUAUGGAAGACAGACUUCAUCAUGCAGAGAAUGAUAUUGCAGCGACAGAUGCACUCAAGGAUGGGUUGAGAACUGACAAACAUAGGUACUUGAAAUUCAUGGAGAGAGUUGCGAGUGCAAUGAAAGUCGACACAAUAUCAGCUGAUGUUGGAUUUGACAUGAGCGGUGAUGCAAUCAUCGCCAGGGCAGAACAGCUUCAGCACAUGGAGAUGGAUGCCCUUGCAGAUAAAACCACACAUGUGUAUAACCUACAGAGGAAGAUCAAGAGCUUCAAGGAUCAACUUGAGAGCAAAGACCUACAUAACGAUCUUCUACGCAAGAAAAUUCAACAGUUGGAAGAAAGGGUCAUGGGACGGUCAGAGCUAGAACAGGAAAAAGAUGAUGAAAGUCUGCGAUCGAGAAAAUUGGAGAAACUAGUGGAGAAAUACAAAAUGCAAAUAAAUGAACUUCGUCAGGAAAUUAGGGAUCUAAAAGCCAGACUCAUGGACAGUAGUAACUAUAGGAUUGAAACUCUUGAGGCUAGCAAAGAAAUUGAAACCCUUGAAGAGAAAGUUCUGAGGCUCGAGAGAGUACGCCAAAAACAGGCGAAGAAAAUCCAUAAUCUCAAACAAGAUAUCGACAUGGUUGAAGGGGAGAAAGUUGGUACCAGCCAAACAGCAGACUACACGAUUGGUCAGUUGAGCAGUGAGCUCGCAACAACCAAGGCAGCUCUUGACGAGAUUACAAAACGGGAGAGACAGCUACUUGACAUGAGAUCUGUGAUAGCACGUAUGCUUGGCUUAGAAGUUAAUUCCCUUGCGGUGCCUGACUAUGAAAUCAUCUCACGACUUGAGAAACUUGUUUUGGCCAAUAAAACCCAUGCCUUUACAACGUUGACUCUAGAUAGCGCUCUUGAAGAUAUGGAAGAUGGAUUUAAGUCUGGAUACAUAGAAGCAACAAGGACAUUGGGAACUAGGAGUAGGAGUCCCAGCCCACAUAGAUCAAGAACAAGGACAAGGUCAAUGUCGCCUACACGGCGGCGAGACCCGAGGCAAUAUUAA